AAAAAAGAAAAAAAAAAGAAGCCUUUUGGUGGUGGAUUAGUUGUCUCUUUUUCUUUUGUUUCUGAUUGGUUUAUCUACCGUUACUACUUUUUAAGUUGGCCGUUCAAAGUUUCAUCCACCUUUCCUAUCAAACCAUUCAAUACAAUUCCAUGGAGGAUUCCACCACCACCACCAUCAUCUCCGCCGACGAAAUUGCCCACGAGUUCCUCCCCCUCCUCCGCGUCUACAAAGACGGCACCGUGCACCGCCUCCACAGCACACCUCCCGUCCCCCCUUCUCUCUUCUCCACCACCACCGCUGUCUCCUCCAAAGACCUCACCAUCUCACCCACCACCGGCGUCACCGCCCGCAUCUACCUCCCACCACUCACCACCACCACAAAACUCCCCAUACUUGUCUACUUCCACGGCGGCGGCUUUUGCGUCGGCUCCGCCUUCUCCGCCACCAACCACCGUUACCUCACCACCUUAUCAUCCCAAUCCACCGCUCUCGCCGUCUCAAUCGAAUACCGUCUCGCCCCCGAACACCCUCUCCCCACAGCUUACCAUGACUCCUGGGCCGCCCUCCAAUGGGUCGCCUCUCACUACGCUGGCGACGGCGGCGAGAGGUGGCUGAACGACCAUGGAGAUUUCAACCGGGUUUUCGUCGGUGGUGACAGUGCUGGCGGCAAUAUCGCUCACAACAUGGCCAUGAAAGCGGGCCGGGAGAGGUUACCCAAUGGGGUGAGAAUUUUAGGUGUGAUUGCAGCCCACCCGUAUUUCUGGGGGGCGGAUCCGAUCGGGUCGGAUACAGUUUCGGGUCACGAGGAUCGGAUGGGUUCUCGGCUUUGGAAGUUUGUAUACCCGGUGUGUCCAGGUGGGCUUGAUGACCCGACGAUUAACCCGUGUGGACCCGGGGCUCCGAGUUUGGCGGGUCUUGGAUGUUCAAGGUUGUUGGUGUGUGUUGCUGAGAAAGAUGCACUUAGGGAGAGAAAUGUGAAGUACUACGAAGCAGUGAGGGACAGUGGAUGGGUUGGAGAAGUGGAGUUGUAUGAAGCUGAAGGAGAGGAACAUGUUUUCCACAUCUCGAAUCCUGAGUCCGAGAAUACUAAAAUUAUGCUCAAAAGAUUGGUUUCGUUUAUACAAAAAUAGUGUAAUUUUGUAUGUUAGUUAAGUUGAACUUAAUAAGUUGCUCAUCAUUUCUUUUUUAUUUAUGUUUCGCUCGAGUGUUCUUAAUCUCCCUAAAUUUUCCAUCUCUGAUGUUUCAAAACACUAAUCAUGCAAGAAAAUUAGACACCAUUCAAUGGCUUCGAGUGUUUUGUGACAAAAGAAAUAGUAGAAUUUGGGAUAAAGAAUCCCUGUUGUAUACUUGUACUAUUGUUAUCUUAAUCCAUGUUAUGCAGUAUAUUGAAGUUGUUUA